AUGCCCCCCUCUACCGCUACCCAAAGGGCUCUGCGAGUCCCCGAAAUCCUCCAUCAGAUAUUUGAGGAGUCAAGCAGCGGCGACCAAGCUCGCAUUGCCCAAGUAUGCAAGACCUGGUUCAAUAUCGCCGUUGGUCUCAUCUGGAAACGGAUGCCAGAUGUCCACGUUCUCUUGUGUAUCCUGGCGCCUCUAGCCAUGAAGGACGACAAAGUCUUUACCCGCGCGUUGACACCACAAGAUUGGGUUAGAUUUGAUGUGUACGCUGGCCGAGUGCGUGAAUUGCACCAGCAUAGGUUCUGCGCCCGACCGCUCCACCCCGACCUUAUGUUGGAGCUACUGGUCACGCGCCCCCCGUCAGAACUUCUUCCAAGGCUUCGCGACUUGCACCUCCACACGUGUACUCUCAACUGCGCCAGUCUCUUCCUUCACACGUCGAUCACCUCAUUAAACAUAUGCCUGAAAGGGAGCUUCCCCCUGCUCGGACCUCUCCUCUCUUCGCUGCCCAUGAAAACCCCAGGCCUCGAAAAGCUUUCAUUACAAGAAGAUGGGUUCUAUUCCCCAGAGGCCGGUGUUGAAGGGUUCCUCGCUACUGCGAUACAUGGCUUGCCGUCGCUGGCGUCGUUGUGUCUCCCACCCUUCUGGCUUACCUCCCCCAUAGCCAAGGCCGCUGCUUCCGCCCCCGCCUUGAGAGCCUUGGCCGCAUCAUUCACAGUCGCGGAGGAAAUGCCCCUAGCUAAAUCUUCCGAAUUCAAGUAUCUGAUGUCAACGUCUCUACCCGCGGACGGCUUUCCUGCACUCACCAGCCUCACCGUCCCCACGACGUUCUCCCGCGCAACGCAGGUCCUUCUACAGGGAGACCACUUCAGCAAACUCGCCCGCUUUCAGAUUAUUUCCCCCCGGAUCGAAUCGCCGAACGCAUACGAGGCAAUGUUGGCUGUGUUAUCCGCUUGCUGCCCCGGCCUUGAAUACCUGUCCAUCUCCGUCAUUCCCAUAGAGCCAGCAAGCUACGAGCCUCCCGCGAUAACCUUCAACGACAUCAAGCCGGUAACCCGAUUGAUGGGCCUUCAGCAUCUUCAUCUCCACCAUCCUAUGCCAUUUCAAAUCGAUACAGAGAACGUCAUCGCCAUCGCCCGGGCGUUGCCCUGUAUCACUACCCUUUCGUUGAACCCAGCUCCAAAUCUCAAAGGAACAUCGACGCUCGGUGUCGGCGUCCUUUCCCCACUUCUCAGCUUCUUUCCGGACAUCAAUAAAUUAGGGCUAUAUCUGAACACCUCGGACAAGCACAUACCAUCCCCAGAGCGCGACGAAGAAUAUCGGCAAGUGGUCUUGGAGUCGGGGGAAUUCACAGGGUUGGCAGAGCUCAAUGUUGGGAAGACAUCUAUCUCGUCGCCGAUUCAACUCGCGAUCUAUCUGAGCAGAGUUCUACCGCCCCAUUGCGCCAUCGAGGCGUGCGUCACCAGCGACGACAACCCCGACGAAGAUGACGAAGAUGAGGAAAGAGUUGUAGAUGACUGGGCAGAGAUUGUGCGGCUUAUCCCUGCGUUUCAACAAGUGCGAGCCGAAGGGUCUUGUAUCCCGAGCAGGCCGUCCAUUAAAUGA